CAACUUGUCGAACAACUACAUAAGUGGCAGCAUACCGGAUAAGCUAACCUCUUUUCUCAAUCUCGAAGCACUGAGCCUCGAGAGCAACAGGCUUCAAGGCGAUGUUCCAGGGAAGCUCCUCACGCUGCCCGUGCUCAAGACACUGAUCCUCCGUAGCAACGCUCUUACGGGCAUCACCCCCCCUGGGCCCAUCAGAGCGCCAUUCAUCGAGAUCCU